AUGUCAAGUACAUUGCCAGAGAUCUCUGGCUCUAGAUCACCGGAAGGCCGGAGCCUGAAGAAGAACUCAAACUCCAAGUUCUUGCCAACUUCGCAGGCUCGAUUCGGCUACCUGGGCCACCUGUGCCUUCACAACUCGAAGGAUGACCCAGCGGAGGCCUUGCGCAACAUCACGGCAUUGGAUGCUCCAAGCUUCCUGCCUAACGUCAUGACAUUGCAGCGUGCUUCGACACCAUGGCAAUACAACACACCCUGCCGAACUUUGGAGGCAGCUUGUGCUGAUGACUCAAAUCAAGGUGAGGUGGAAACACGAUCACUUUCGCCCUCGCGAGGUGGAGGCAGCCAGAUGCUGAAAUCUACCAGCAAAAAGGCGAUCACUUCUCAGGCUCCGAUGCCUGCGAAUUAUGUCCGGAGGAUUCGCCGGAAAGCGCAGAUGUCAAGAACCGCUAACGAUUACAGGCAGCAGAUUGCGGACCUGAAGAUGUUGGCAGACUCUGCUAGCCGCUCUGGCAACGUCUACCAGGCUUUGCAGGCCUAUCACAAAAUGGGCGUUGUCUUCGACAAUCAAGCCAUGUAUCCCGAGGCCAUCCAGAAGUACAAGCAGUUUCUGGCCUUGUGCAUCACCUCAAAGAACACGCAGGGAGAGGCGCUGGCCUACAACUGCUUGGGAAUCGACUGCUUCAAGAUGGGGCAGUACGAUGAAGCCAUUCAGUACCACAACAAGCACCUUGAACUGGCAGAUGGCACUGGUCGGCUGAUAGCUCACACAAACCUGGGCAUUGUCUUCCAGGCCAUGGGCUUGUCAGAGCAUGCAGCCAUCCAUCACCAACAUGCGAUUGAGUACGCCAAUCGCAUGGGCUCCAAGGAUGCGCAAUGCUUUACGGUCGGCAACCUUGGCAUUGCAUCAGCAGCUCAGGGUGACCUGCAGACGAGUCGAAUUUGCCUGCAGUAUCAUCUUAGCUCGGCACAGCGCCAGAAAGCAGCUGCUGCUGACAACAAGUUUGCGCAGCAUACCCUCAAAGAGGUGAGCAAGAGCGCGUAUCAUCGGCUAGGGCAGGUGAACGCAACCGAUGGUCGCUUCGAUGAAGCUGCGGACCAGUUCGCAAAGGCGAUGGAGGUUGCCAAGGCCGGAGCGGAUCAGAAGGAUGAAGAAGUGUCUGUGGCCAUGCUGGGAAUCGCUCGGGGGAUGUUGAACUUCGACGAGCAUUGCGCAGCACUUGUGAAAAAGGCGGCUGAGGCAUCGCUUGAUGGGGAUGAAGAGGGCUUCCGGCCUUGA